GCGUGAGGGGAAGCCGCCUGCCCGCCCGCCCCCUUCGCCUUCCCUUCUUUUCCCCCCUUCCCCGCUCCCCUCCCGUCACGACCGCGGAGCAGCACCAUGUCGGCGCCGGCUGCCAAAGUCAGUAAAAAGGAGCUCAACUCCAACCACGACGGGGCCGACGAGACCUCAGAAAAAGAACAGCAAGAAGCAAUUGAACAUAUUGAUGAAGUACAAAAUGAAAUAGACAGACUUAAUGAACAAGCCAGUGAGGAAAUUUUGAAAGUAGAACAGAAAUAUAACAAACUUCGCCAACCAUUUUUUCAGAAGAGGUCAGAAUUGAUCGCCAAAAUCCCAAAUUUUUGGGUAACAACAUUUGUCAACCAUCCACAAGUGUCUGCACUGCUUGGGGAGGAAGAUGAAGAGGCGCUGCAUUACCUGACCAGAGUUGAGGUGACAGAAUUUGAAGAUAUAAAAUCAGGUUACAGAAUAGAUUUUUAUUUUGAUGAAAAUCCUUACUUUGAAAAUAAAGUCCUCUCCAAAGAAUUUCAUCUGAAUGAGAGUGGUGAUCCAUCUUCAAAGUCCACUGAAAUCAAAUGGAAAUCUGGAAAGGAUUUGACGAAACGCUCAAGUCAGACACAGAAUAAAGCCAGUAGGAAGAGGCAGCACGAAGAGCCAGAGAGCUUCUUUACCUGGUUUACAGACCAUUCUGAUGCAGGUGCAGAUGAGUUAGGAGAGGUCAUCAAAGAUGAUAUUUGGCCAAAUCCCUUGCAGUACUACUUGGUUCCUGAUAUGGAUGAUGAAGAAGGAGAGGGGGAAGAUGAUGAUGAUGAUGAUGAAGAAGAAGGAGGAUUGGAAGAUAUUGAUGAAGAAGGGGAUGAGGAUGAAGGUGAAGAAGAUGAAGAUGAUGAUGAAGGGGAAGAAGGAGAGGAGGAUGAAGGAGAAGAUGACUAAUAGAAAAGAACACUGAUGGAUUCCAACCUUUUAUUUUUAUUUUUUAUUUUUUAAAUUUUCUCCAGUCCCUGGGAGCAAGUCGCAGUCUUUUCUCCCCACAACCUCUCAUGCUCAGUAGCCCUAUUUUUGAGAUCUCUUUUUCUCAACAUCAUGGUUCUCAUCUUAUUUUGGGGGGAAAUUACCCUGAUCAGAAUACAACAGGAAAAUAAUCUUUUUAAAAAAAAUUGUUCUAAAAUCAUUUUUAUCCCUUCCUGUCUAAACAAGAACUGUAUGGAUUAACACCACCACCGUGCUCUGUGGGAAAAAAAGAAAAACCUUCUGCUCCCUUCACUCGGACAGAAGCUGGAGGGUGCUGGCCCUGUGUAGUAGUGCAUAGAUUCUAGCUUCUUUCCUCCUUUCUCUGUAUAUUGGGCUCAGAGAUUACACUGUGUCUCUAUGUGAAUACGGACAGUUAGCAUUUACCAACAUGUACCUGUCUACUUUCUCUUGUUUAAUAAAAAGAAAAAAAUCUUUUAAAAAAAUGGGGUAUAGAAGGUCAGCAAAGGGUGGGUUUGAGAUGUCUGGGUGGGUUAAGUGGGCAUUUUGACAACAUGGCUUCUCCUUUGGCAUGUUUAAUUGUGAUGUUUAAUGGACAUCCUUGCAGUUUAAGAUGACACUUUUAAAAUAAAAUUCUCUCCUAAUGAUGA